AUGGAGGACGGCUACCAAAACCGGACUGCCUUCAUUAAAGGUGCCAAAGACAUCGCUAAAGAAGUCAAGCGGCAAGCAUCCAAGAAGGUGGGCCGCUCAGUGGACAAGAUGAGUGACGAGUACGCCAGGCGUUCCUACAGCCGCUUUGAGGAGGACGAUGACGAUGAGUACCCCAUGCAGGGGAGCCAAGAUGGAGGUUACUACCGCGGAGAUAGCACGGCACGGAAUGACGAUGAAGGUGGCCACAGUGACUCCACAGAGGGUCAUGAUGAAGAUGACGAGAUCUAUGAAGGAGAGUACCAGGGGAUCCCCCGGGCUGAUUCCGGCAAAGGGAGUCUGGCCGGAGGUCCGGGCUCUAUUACAGCCGGAGCUCAAGAGUUCAGAGAUAUCGACGUGUCUGACGCCCAGAGGAAAAAGGAUAAGGAGGAGCUGGCCCAGCAGUACGAGACCAUCCUUCAAGAGUGCGGCCAUGGGAGGUUCCAGUGGAGCCUGUACUUUGUGCUGGGGCUGGCCCUCAUGGCUGAUGGCGUGGAAAUCUUCGUGGUUGGGUUUGUCCUUCCCAGCGCAGAGAAGGACAUGUGUUUGUCCGAACCCAACAAAAGCAUGCUCGGUCUGAUUGUAUACUUUGGGAUGAUGGUUGGGGCUUUCCUCUGGGGAGCUCUGGCUGACCGGAUAGGCCGCCGACAGUCUCUUCUCAUCUGUCUCUCCAUCAACAGCGUCUUCUCCUUUUUCUCCUCUUUCGUCCAGGGCUACAGCACUUUUCUGUUUUGCCGUCUCCUGUCAGGAGUUGGAAUUGGUGGUUCAAUUCCCAUUGUGUUUUCCUACUACUCUGAGUUUUUGGCCCAAGAGAAGCGCGGUGAACACCUCAGCUGGCUUUGCAUGUUCUGGAUGAUUGGAGGAAUAUAUGCCUCUGCUAUGGCCUGGACUAUAAUCCCCCAUUAUGGAUGGAGUUUCCAGAUGGGUUCAGCGUAUCAAUUCCAUAGCUGGCGUGUGUUUGUGUUGGUGUGUGCUUUCCCUUCUGUGGCGGCCAUUGCUGCCCUAAACGCCAUGCCGGAGAGUCCACGCUUCUACCUGGAGAAUGGCAAACACGAUGAAGGCUGGAUGAUCCUGAAGCAAGUUCACGACACAAAUAUGCGAGCAAAGGGACACCCAGAGAAGGUCUUUUCUGUGACCACAAUCAAGACAGUGAAGCCGGCAGAUGAACUGGUAAAUAUCGGCACUGACACCCCCGUAUGGGAACGCUACCGACAGAAGAUCAUGAGCCUUUCCAAGCAGAUAAGGAAAAAUCUUCUUGCUUGCUUCAGCCCGGAAUAUAAACGGACUACUUUCAUGCUCAUGGCUGUGUGGUUCACCAUGUCCUUCAGCUAUUACGGUUUGACGGUGUGGUUCCCCGACAUGAUCAAGUACAUCCAGAAGCAGGAGUAUGACUCUCGAACCAAGACCUUCACGAAGGAGCGAGUCGAGCAUGUUACCUUCAACUUCACCCUGGAAAACCAAAUACAUCGCAACGGUUACUAUUUUAAUGACAAAUUCCUCAACCUGAAGAUGAAAUCGAUGGUGUUUGAAGACUCUGUGUUUGAGGAGUGCUACUUCGAGGACAUCACCUCCACGAACACCUUCUUCAAGAACUGCACCUUCAUAGCAAGUUUGUUUUACAACACAGAUUUGUUUAAAUACAGAUUCGUUGACUGUAAACUGGCCAACAGCACGUUUCUCCACAACAAGGAGGGCUGUGUGUUGGACUUCAGUGACGACUUCAACAACGCCUACAUGAUAUAUUUCAUCAACUUCCUGGGCACCCUGGCAGUGCUGCCGGGAAACAUCGUCUCCGCUCUGCUAAUGGACAAAAUUGGUCGUCUAAGGAUGCUUGCGGGGUCCAGCAUCAUCUCUUGCGUCAGCUGUUUCUUCCUGAUGUUUGGGAACAGCGAGUCAGGGAUGAUCGCCCUCCUGUGUCUGUUUGGGGGCAUCAGCAUUGCCUCUUGGAACGCCCUGGAUGUGGUCACAGUGGAGCUGUACCCCUCCGAUAAAAGGACCACAGCAUUUGGUUUCCUGAAUGCCCUCUGUAAACUGGCUGCCGUGUUGGGUAUCAGCAUUUUCCAGUCGUUUGUUGGCAUCACUAAAGCCUUGCCUAUUUUGUUUGCUGCUGGUGCCCUCGCUGCCGGCAGUUUCCUUGCAACAAAGUUGCCUGAAACUCGUGGCCAAGUGUUACAGUAAAGAAAAUGACCGGCAGUGGGCAGUGGAGUAAAACUGGAGAGCGUGGCCGAGCCCUGGAGCCCAAACACCCCCGAGAGCUUCAAACGCUGCCUGUCUGUCACACAGAACAGACCGGCCUCCCAAAUGUAGGCCUAGAAUCCUUUGAAAUGUGGAUUGCAUCAUCCAAUGUCUUUGCAGACACACAGCGAUCAUAAAAGAAGAGCACACACAUGUGGACAAAGCUAUUUGAGCAUCACAACACCUCUGCUUUAGUCAGCUGCUCUCUGCCAGAUGUGGUUUUAUACAUUGAAACAUAUAAUACUAAGGAAUUACCCUAAAAGAUGAUGUGGUUUGGAUGAAAAUAUGCAGUCUACAGACAUGAUCGCUGUGUAUUUUUUUUAUUUUUUGGCUUGUGAUUGGUUUCAGUGACUGGCUUUCAGUGCUGCUAAUAAUUUACUGUGAUUUUUGUGGUAAAGCUUGAUUUAUAUUUUCACUCAAAAAGAUGUUUUGAGUAUUUUUUUGUGAUUCUUGUGUUUGUUUUUUCUAAGAUGAAAUCACAAAUAUUUGACCCUUGAAAACUGCCUGUUACUGAAGCCAGACCUGCUGAUUGAAUGCUGUUAUUUUCUGCCGCAUAAUGUUCUAACAUUCCAGUUAGGCUGGACUUAUUCAGACACUUUUCCGUUUCAGUUCCUGAAUAAUUCCAGUUGAAUUUUUGCCACGAAACUCAAACAGGUAAAGAUGCAUUUCCCAGGAUUCUCUGUUGUGCAUGGGAAGAGUUGGAGCAAUUUACUCAGUGUUGAACCUGUGUUUCUCCUCCUUGUUGUGUGGAAUGUUGUUGGCGUUUUUAUGUGGAUCGCGCAUAUGUCUGUGGGAGGGGUUUGGGUUACAUAAAAAUAAUGUCAAAUCCAUUUUUUAAAUCAUAAAUCAGUCAUGUAACUGUCUAUGGGGCUUUUUUUUUUAAAUUGAGGUUUUAAUCAGAAAGCAGGUGUUUACAACUUGAGACAUGGUGUAAGAGUCUUCACAAAGGAGUGCGUUCGAUUUGUACAUUAAUAAAAAAAUGUUUGCAAAGUUAGCACAAAAAACCUAUUUACAUUCCACCAUGUAGACAAAUAAGUGCAACCAUUUUAGUAUUUUACUGCAGAUACAUAAUUUUUUUAACCAUUUUAUAAAGUCACACAAAUUUUUUGGGGCUUAAUUUAGUUAAAUUUUAUCGUCUUAGAGAGGAAAGUAUUUUUUCUGGAGCCAUAGGUGCAACCUUGACUGUAAAGCUGUAUCAGGUUUAUCAUCGAAAUGUGUGUGUGGAAUUUCAUAAAGAUCGCUUAAACAAAACUUUAUUUUCCUGUACUGUGCGAAAAGGUGAAAGUCAACAAAAUUCAUACUUUGGUACAAAAUUACUGCCAAGCCCCAAUUUUACUGUAAAGGUGAUUCCUCUGUGCUCAUGUUUGACUCUUUUAGUGCUAAAAUAUCUGUUCUGACUUAAAAUUUGACAGAACUUCAAGAAAAACUGAUCCCAAUUCUACCUGGUAACAUUUUUCCAAAGGUGUAAACCAACGUGUGCCGACAAUCAGUAAGUCAAAGUGUGGAAGUUUGACCCAAAAAUACCCUCCUCUGUUUAUGCAUGUGUGAGUGAAGUGAUUCUACCAUAAAAAGACACAAAGAUGACAUCAAAAAGUAUCAGUCUUUUCAAAGAAAACUACACAUUUAGAUUUCUAUAUUUUAAAAUUACACUUUUUGUGUGUGUUUUUAUUCCCACAAAUUUUAAAGGCAUUCCCUUUAUAUUUCAUAAUCUCCCUUUAGUUUAUAUUUCUCCUACACAUUUGUGACAUUUCUGUCCUCAGAGGUUCCCUUAGCAAAAACUAGUCUAUUUAAGUGUACUACAAUUACACUUAGUCUAUACUAAAAGUGAGACAGUAUACUUGAAGUUUACUUUUUAUAUGCUAUCUAUAUAUUGUAAACUAAAAAUGUUCCAAUUUAGUCUGAAGAAGUAUUCAGUGAGAAGGACAUAUAUCCAAAUCUACAUGUAUUUGGUCUAUUACGUAGAGUAGUAUAUUUGUGUACUACUUUUUGCUUCUUCUUCUUUCUCUUUCGGCUUUUCCCAUCAGGGGUCGCCACAGCGAAUCAUCCUUUUCCACCUCACUCUAUCAUGGACAUCUU